AUGGCCACGGACGACAAACCCACGCUGGAGCCCUUCGAGGGCGAGGACUUCGAGUUCCCGGACUUCCCGGACUCGCUGGCGGCCCUGCUCUUGCAGGACACCUGCCCGAGCGCAGAUCUCAACGAAGCCCUCAAGGGUUUCAUCGAGGGUGAGUGCGCCACCUCACCAGGCGCCGGCUCCUCCGUCAACAACGACACCCUGUCCAACGUGGAGGCCGACAGCGCGGGGGAGUCCGCAUGCAACGGCACGGGGGAUGGCACACAGGGCGGCGUGCCCCUGUCCACCUUGGGCCGCGCCUCUUCGUCCAGCGCUUCCAGCCUGGCCAGCGGGCUGCCCGCGAGACCCGUGUGCCAGCCAUCCAUCCGGAUAACGACGGGAAUACCGGGCGAGCAAAAGGCCUGGGCGCCGGUGCGGACGGGGAUGGGCCCCGUGGCGGGGUACCAGGGCAUGGACACCCAGGGGCACCCCUACCCCCACCCGUUUUCCACGCCGACGAGAUUGGCAUCCUCGGCUGCCCCCGCGGCACCGCCGCCCUCAAAUCCUGAGGCCAACGAGCAGGCCCCCGCCCAGGUGGGCAAGCGCAGGAAGCCGGAGCCGGACCUGUCGAAGAUCGAGGAUCCCGAGGAAAGGCGGCGCCAGCGCAGGCUGGCCAAGAACCGCAACACUGCGGCGGUGUCGCGCCAGCGCAAGAAGGCGCAGCUGUUGAGUCUGGAGGAGCGGGUGAAACAGCUGGAAGUGGACAAUUCGGCGCUGAAAUACUGGCUGGCGCAAAGGUGGGCAGGCUGCGAGAGCGGGGCGGCGCUGUUGCGGCGAGGUUACUGA